AUGAACGUAUUCCCCAGCUGCAUUCGACAUUUGGUUCUUACUACUGCUUAUAAGCGGUCAUUACCAUGCAUUGGAAUACCAUCUCAUGUGAUCUGUACAGAAAGAACUCUAUCAGGGGCCAAAUUAGUUCAGGUCGCUCCGAAGAUUGCACAACCAUAUCUUAGGCUCAUGCGUAUUGACAAACCCACAGGUUUUUGGUUGUUGUAUUGGCCAUGUACCUGGUCUAUAGGGCUAGCCGCACCACCGGGGUCAUUGCCAGAUUUCAAAAUGCUUGCGUUAUUCGCGUGUGGGUCGAUAUUAAUGCGUUCUGCGGGAUGCGUCAUAAAUGAUAUUUUUGACAAAAAUUACGAUAAAAUGGUUAGAAGAACGCAGUCGAGACCACUUGCUAGUGGAGAACUUAGUAAUCGAGAAGCUUUUGCUCUUCUUGCAGUAUUGUUAUCUGGAUCUCUUUCAAUACUUUUGCAGUUUAAUUGGUUUAGUGUUAUCGUAGGUGCAAGUUCAUUGUCACUAGUAAUUGCAUACCCGUUGGCAAAACGAUUUACAUAUUGGCCGCAACUAGUUCUUGGGCUUACUUCUAACUGGGGAGUACUCUUGGCGUGGUGUCAUCUGUGUCCGAAAACACUGCUUGCUGUGAUUCCUUUAUACACUGCUACAGUGCUUUACACUGCUACCUAUGAUACCAUAUAUAGUCAGCAGGUAUUGUGUCUAAUAUUGUCAUACGUAUACUCAAAAAUUAACUCACGAUUGGCUUUCAAUUGGGGAGCAUUAUUGGGCUGGGCCGCUGUACGCGAUGAACUGUGCUGGAUCGUGGCACUUUUACUCUAUUUGGCAUCGCUGAAUUGGACUUUGAUUUACGACACAAUAUACGCUCAUCAGGACAAAAAAGAUGAUAUUAUGGCUGGAGUUAAAUCCACAGCAUUGCUUUUUGGGGACAAAACAAAGAAGUGGCUCACAGGGUUCGCAGUUGCUACAGUGUUAGGUUUCGGUACAACAGGCGCUAUGCUGCAUCAAACAUGGCCCUUCUACACUGCAUUAUCGGCUACAGCAGCUCAUCUUUCGUGGCAAAUUUGGACAGUAAAUAUUAACGACCCUAACGAUUGUUGGAAGAAAUUCAAAACCAAUCAAUGGCUUGGUGUCAUUCUAUUCAGCGGAAUUGUGCUUGGAAACGUACUGCGACAGGAAGAUACAAAUUCUACUAACAACUUGUGA